CUCCCCUAUAUAAGUAGAGCCCUCCCUUUACAAUCUUUAAGCAAACAAACACAUCAUCAAACCAUUCAAUUCCUCUCUCUCUCCCCCCCUCUCUAUCUCUCUUACAUUUAUUUGUAUAUCUUAACACAUAUUCAGAAUGGCUACAUUUGGAGGAUUAGCAAUUGUGGUGUUUGCCAUUGUGAGUUUGGGCAACAUUCAUGGCUCUCAUGGUGAUUAUGGAGGUUGGGAAGGCGGGCACGCUACAUUCUAUGGAGGCGGUGAUGCAUCCGGCACGAUGGGGGGUGCUUGUGGGUAUGGAAAUCUGUACAGCCAAGGCUAUGGCACCAACACUGCUGCCCUUAGCACUGCUUUGUUCAACAAUGGCAUGAGCUGUGGGGCGUGCUACGAGAUGCGGUGCAACGACGACCCAAGGUGGUGCCUCCCCGGGACCAUCACCGUCACUGCCACAAACUUCUGUCCUCCGAACUUCGCUCAGUCCAAUGACAAUGGUGGGUGGUGCAAUCCACCCCUCCAGCAUUUCGACAUGGCCGAGCCUGCUUUUCUGCAAAUCGCCCAGUACAGGGCCGGGAUCGUCCCCGUAGUCUUCAGAAGGGUCCCUUGCGUGAAGAAAGGAGGCAUAAGGUUCACAAUCAAUGGCCACUCAUACUUCAACCUUGUUCUGAUCACAAACGUCGCGGGCGCAGGAGAUGUUCACUCCGUGUCCAUCAAGGGUUCCAAGACCGGGUGGCAGACCAUGUCCAGGAACUGGGGCCAGAACUGGCAGAGCAACUCUUACCUCAACGGCCAGAGCCUCUCCUUCCAGGUGACCACCAGUGACGGCAGAACCGUGACCAGCUACAAGGUCGCCCCUUCAAACUGGCAGUUUGGUCAGACAUUCCAAGGUGGCCAGUUCUAGGAUUCGUGGAACAUACUGGACCAAUGACAUCUAUGCGGCCGCUGCGGAGUCUGGGAGGUUAUGUCCGUUGCUGAGGUGGUAGAUUUUGGCACCCGCUAGACAUCUGCUUAUGUUCUUACCUACAGAAUGAUUUCUAAGUCUUAAAAGUUUAAGGAAAGGCAGAAGAAAAGAACAGGACAGAGAGUGGUCAGUCAUAGUAAAUGGCAAGGGGACGUUCAUUGUUUGCCAUUCAUAUAACGAAGGGUGAUUAAAAGAUUUGUAGGUUUUUAUCCAUUUCCUUGAUGAUAUAUCUUGCAGUAAAAUUUUGAUGAUCGUGUAA